AUGCCACAGCUGGGAGGUACCCAAGAAGAAGAGGACAACGAGACAACCGCAAAGCUGUUCAGGACACCAUCAAGCUCACCUUCGUCACCAAGGCGCUUCUUCACGCCCUCUGGCUCUUACGCACGAAACAAACUCGCUGAGUACCAAAACCUUCGUGCAAAAGCCCGGUGGGAGAUAAUAGAGAGAGAUCGCAAGCGUGUGGAGGCCGGCAUGAUAGAACAAGCAGUAGCUGAGAGUCUCAAGACAGCCACAGUAACUCAAACCUGCACAUCCGCACAAAACACGGAUCAACAAAACCCAAUUUCGUCACUAAAAGAACCUCUACCCCAUGAUGGGAAAGAUAAUCACUCAUCACCUCCUUCUCAGGACGCCGCCAGUCCUAGUGGAUCAGAGGAUUUAUACGAAGGCGCCUGGUUAGACCAGCUGCUUCUUGAGGAGCUGGUUUACGACGGCACGACUUCUGCCUUCUCCAAUGGCUUCUCGUGA